AUGUGGCGCGUUCCCACUGGCCAGCGCCGCCACCCAGCGGCCUGGAGCCAACCAGGGGCGGCCACGCGUCCCAGCGCGCCCCCUGCCCACUCCCCGCCGCCGCGGCCCGCCCGGGCCAGGGGCUGGCCCGCCAGGCCCAUCGGGGCUCGAGACGCCCAGGCCUGCCGCCGCCAGCGCUCGCCUCCUUCCCCGACGCCUCGCCGCCGCCUCCAGUGCCUCCGCCCCGCCGCCUCGCCACCGUCGGCGAGCGUCGCGCCGGCGCCGCCGCCGUUCCGGCGAGCCCGCGCCUCCCCGAGGUCCCUCUCCCUCUUGCUUCUCUCUCUCUCUCAGAGCUCUCUCCCUCUGCAGAGCCCGUCCCCGGCCUCCUCCGCCUUCCCUCGUGCCUCGCCGGACUGCCCCGACCACCGGAGUCACUGCCGCCCGCGUUGA